UGUUCCCCAACCCGGGCCGAAGGAGCCAAACCAAAACCACCAUUUCCCCCAAAACCAUUUCGGCCAUGGACUUCUCCGGCGGCGGCGGCGCGGCGACCGGGAGGGUGCAGGCCGAGCGGUGGCUGGAGAUCGCCGGGAAGCUCCUCGCCGCGCGCGACCUCGUGGGGUGCAAGCGCUUCGCGGAGCGCGCGGUGGAGGCGGACCCGCUCCUCCCGGGCGCCGACGAGCUCCUCGCCGUCACCGACGUCCUCCUCGCCUCCCAGUCGGUCCUCCCCUCGGGAUUCCCGGACCCGCUCGCUGUCCUCCAGCUGCCCCCGGGCACCAACCCGGCCGACCACGCCGCGGCCUCCCGCGCCUUCCGCCGCCUCGCGCUCCUCCUCCAGCAGACCACGAACCCUCACCCGGGCGCCGACGUCGCCCUCCGCCUGGUCUACGAGGCCUACGCCAUCCUCUCCGAUCCCUCCCGCCGCCCGCCGCCCUCCAUCCCUCUUGGCCAUGUUCCUGUUGCCCCGUCCCAGCCAGCCGCCACCGCCGAAUCCCCGGAGUUCUGGACGGCGUGCCCCUUCUGCUGCUUCGUCCACCAGUACCAGCGCGAGCUCAUCGGCCGCGCUCUCAAGUGCCCCAACGAGUCUUGCCGCAAGGGUUUCGUGGCUAUCGAGAUCUCCACCCCGCCCACCAUCGUGCCGGGCACCGAGAUGUACCACUGUGCCUGGGGUUUCUUCCCCCUCGGCUUCCCCACCUCUGCUGACCUCAAUGGUAACUGGAAGCCCUUCUACAAGAUGUUCCCUUGGAACAAUGCGCCAGCUCGUGGGGGCUCAAGUGGUAGGGGGGGCCGUGGGGGAAGCAGCGCUGCUCGCCAGCCGCAAAAUGGGAGUGCUCGGGGUGGGUCAUCCAGAGGUAGGGUCAAGAAGACAACUGCUCGCAAGAAGGUUGGGGCGGGGCUCAAGAGGCGAUCUCUCGGCGGUGGCGUAGAGAGUGGCAUUGAGCCAUCGAUGCUUGGGCAGGAUGGAUGGGCUGAGGGUGAGGAGGCUGGUGAUGAACGGGCAGAGGAGGUGAGGGGGAUCAACAUAAAUGAAGAGGCGCAGUCUACAGAUGGUACAACCAGGGGAAAUGUUAACACCAGGGGCAAUGUCAGCGGUGGGGUUGAGGACAUGGGCACCUUCCAUUUGGAUGUGGAUCCAUCUGAAGAUAUUUUGGGGAAUUUGCAGAACUUGCCGUUCUUGAGGGUAGACAAUCUUGGGCGGAUGCUGUAACGGGCUGUGGCAUUUGGUCCGUGGAGAAAUACCGUAUGGUUGAUUGGGUCAAAACAGAUGUUCCAAGGACUGAGCCUUACCGCUCUUGUUGUUGUUAAUGUUCUUGUGAUAUUAUCUCUUGUUGUAGUAGUAGUCUACCUUGUGGUUGUAGUUACUUAGCUGGCCGUGGAGUCCCAUAAAACUUGUGGAGUUCCAUAUGCAAGUUUGUGGUAUCUCUAAAUUAUCUGGGGAUGUGUAUUUUGCCUUCAGCAAACAAACUUGUGGUUGUGGAGUUCUCUCAGGAUAGAUAUAAUGCUUCAUGGAUGGGCGGUGGUGAGACAAGUCGCCGAGAGAGAAG